GUUUAUUUGUAUGUUUACUCAACAGAGACGCUGAUGACGUGAAAAAAAAACACACGUACCGUUGAAAACACACCGAAAUCUCUUUACAAAUUGAAAAUUGAAAUGCAACUGACAAGUGAAAUAUGAAUGGCGAAUGCAACAGUUGAUUGUUCUUGUUGUUGUCAGUUGUUCUAUAUGUCACAGUGUAAAAUUAUAAUCUAAUAUAAAAUAUUAUAAUAAUAAAUAAUUCACAUAUAAAAAAUGCGUUCAUCAGCAUCAACAGGACGUCAGUCCUCAUAUAAUCCACCUCUAAGAGUAUCAACAAUGUGCCCAGAUGAAAAAUCAGUUGCUACAACAAAAUCAGAAGGUCGUCGUACAUUUAAACCAAGACCAUCAGGUGAAGGUUCUGGUAUUCCAAAAUUAAGAAUUGGCAGUGAUUCAUCAGAUGGAUCAAGAAAAUCAAAUUUAAAACAACCAGGUAAAACACCACUAAGAUCAACAACAAUAAUGUCACAACAAACGCCAACUGGUAUGACACCAAGAGCUGGUCGUUUUCAUUCUGAUUUACCAACUGGUCCUCGUGGUAGAUCACCAUCAGCUGAACGUUGUAGUACACUUGGUAGUCAAAAAAUGUCAAAAAAAGAUACACGUAAUUUAACAAACAAAUCAACUCAAGAAGCUAUGUUAAAACGUAUUGAUAAUUAUUUUCUUGAAUAUUAUCCUUCAUCAUCAGUAUUAAAUAAAAAUAAUUCAAGUUUUAAGCCAAUAGCACUUAAUUCAGUUGUUACAGCAACUGAAUUAUUAUUUGCACAUCUUGAUAUAACAACAAAACCACAAUUAACACAAGCAAAUUAUAUGGAUGAAUUACCAAAGUAUGCUAAAAAACUUCAUUAUCCAGGUAACAUGUCAAAAUCAUGGUUAAAAACAGCAAAUACACCACAUUCAUAUCCUCAUGUACUUGGAUGGAUAUCAUGGCUUGUUGAAAUUGUUCAUGUUAAAUCAAUAGCAGCAGAAACACGUUUUGUUGAUCAACAAUUUUAUGAAUUACUAGAUGAUCAUGAUGUUAUUAAUUGUCAUUUAUUUAAAACACUAUUGAAUCUUUAUGUAUUAUGGAAUGAUCAAAAAAUUGAAGAAGAAAAAGCAGCUGAAAAUCAAUAUUUACAAACAGUUGCUGAAUAUUCAAAUGCAACAACAGAAAUAUUUGAUAAUGCACAAAAAGAAUUCGAUGAUGUUGCUAAUAAAAAAAGAACUAUUGAAGAUAAUGCUGCUAAAAUUUCAUAUGAAUUGGAUGAAAUUACUAAAAAGCUUGAAGCAUUAAAAAAUGAUGAAGAUAAACAAUUACAAUAUACUGAUGAACAAGAAAAAUGUAAAAUAAAAUAUGAAAAUGAUAGUAAAUUAUAUGAAAUUGAAAUGAAAGAAAUUGAUAUUGAAAAUGAAAAAAUUAUUAAUGAAAAUAAUCAAUUAAUUGAUGAAAUUGAAAAACAACCAAUGAAUGCACAACAACGUGAUGUUAAAGAACAAGAAUGUAUGAGUUUGCGAAAUUUUUUAAAAAAUAUUGAUGAACAUUUGGAAGAAUUAACUAAAGAAAUAUAUAAACUUGAUAUGAAUUUUUCCAAGAGUCAAACUGAUUUAUCAAAAGCAUUAUUUAUAUUUAAUCGUAGUAUUGUUUGUGGAAUACCAGAAAAUAUUAUGGGUAAAAAAUUAAGUGAAUUACAAAUGCCAGAAAAAAUAACAUUUGACCAAAGUGCUAAAGAUUUAUUAAAAGAAAAAAGAAAAGUUAUUGAUGAAGUUAAAAAUCAAAUGACAAUUGAGUAUGAUAAAACAAUGUUGUCAUUUAAUAAUUUAACAAACGAACAUGAAAAAUUACAAGAUAAAUUGGAAUCAAUACGUCGUGAAAAAAAUGAACUUGAUGCUAAAAAUAAUGAAAUUAAAAAUUCAAUUAAACAACGUAAAAUUCAAGGUCAAGAAGAUGAAAUUAAAAUAAGAAAUCAAAUAAUAAAAUUAAAAGAUGAUAUUCAAAAAAUUAAACAAUCAAUGCCAAAUAUCGAUACAUUGAGUGAUGAGCUACAAGAAAUUCAAGAUCAAGUUGAAGCAAGAAGUAAAAAAAAAUUAUUUCUCGAACAAUCUGGUCUAAGAUUUUUUGGUAGAUUACAUUCAAUGUUGUCAAAUCAUCACAACGAUAUUCUUAAUAUUAUGUCAAAGUUAAAUGACAUUAAAUAAUAUUAAUAUUCUUCUAACAAUUAUUUUAAUUUUAUAGGUAUUUUUUUUUUUCUUCUAAUUAAACUUAUAUAUUUUUUUAUUUCUCAAGCUUGUCAUGUAUAUAAUUGAUAGCUAUUAUAUAAAAUAAUGUUUGAUAAUUUAAUACUUAAUAAAUAAAUUUUUUAUAUUGAA